CUCCCACUUGAUCAAACAGAAAACUCGGGAACCUAGAUGAAAUGGUAAUCCGCCACCAGACAACAAAAUGAUCCAAAACGAACGUCGCCUUUAGGUUCGGGUUCCUUCCCAAAACCCAACCAUUCCCGUGUCCGGACUCCGGACCCUAUAUCUAUCCGCUCCGUGCCACAAUCACAAACACAACACUCUUCUCGACUCCCUCGCCUUCGCCGCUGGAUCCAUGGCAACCGACGUCUCCGUCACCGACGAUCGAAUCCAGAAGGUCUUCGACGAGCUGGAGGCCCAAAAAAACUUCAUCUCCAACUGCACCCUCCUGUGGAAGAACCUCUCCGACCACUUCUCCUCCCUCCGCCAAACCCUAGCCGACCGUUCCCAGGCCCUCGACUCCCGGCUCCAAGCCCUCGAAGCCGAGAGCAAGCAAACCUUGGAAUCGCUCGACCUCCGCGAGGCUUCCAUCCCCGACAGCGAGUCCGCCGCCACCGCCCUCAUCCAGGAGCGCAAGGAUGCCGUGCUCGCCGAGAUCGAGACCCCCGACGCCAAGCCCCCCGACGACCUCCAGGGGAUCCUCCGCUGGUACUGCCGCCGGAUGGAUCCCGCCGGACUCUGGCGGUUCGUGGUGUCCCGUCGCAGGGACCUCGCCGUCCUCCGGAAGGAGAUAGCGGAGGCCGUCGCCGGAUCGGUGGACCCCGCCCGGCUUGUGGUGGACGCCGUGGCGGACUUCUUGGACCACCAGACGAGCGGCGGCGGCGGCUCGUCCACCGGCGCCGGUGCCGACCGGUGCUGGGCCCUGGGGAUGCUGCUUCGGGCACUGUUUGAUUCCGAGGGGAGGAAGGCGCCGACGGUGUCGGCGAGCAUGAGGGAGAGGGCGGCGGCCGUCGCCGAGGCGUGGAAAGAGAAGCUUGGCGGAAACAAACAGGAGGAAGGGGAGGGAGGGAUGGGGGGUUCCGAGGCCCAGCUGUUUCUGCAAAUGGUGGUGGCGUUUGGUUUGAGCUCGAGAUUUCAGGAAGAGUUCUUGAGGAAGUUGGUUCUGGAGCAUGCCUCGAGGAAAGAGAUGGGGAAACUUGCUCCUGGAUUAGGAUUUGGGGAGAAAUUGGCAGAUAUUAUUGAUGAGUUAGUAAAGAAUGGAAAGGAGCUUGAGGCUGUAUAUUUUUCUCAUGAAGCUGGUUUGACUGAACGAUUUUCUCCUGCUCCUCUUCUGAAGUCGUAUCUCCAAUCCUCAAGGAAAAAAGCUAAUGCCAUAUUGAAAAAUGGGAAUCAUUCCGCUGGUGCUACAGAAGAAUCUAACACGGCAGAGAUGAGUGACCUCAGAUCCAUCAUCAAAUGUGUCGAAAGUUGCCAUCUUGAAUCAAAAUUCAGUAUUGAUGGCUUAAAAAAGCGACUAGCACAAAUGGAGAAAGUGAAGGCUGAUAGGAAGAAGUCUACAGCAGCCAAAAAGACCCAGGGCAAGAGAACACGGUCAACUGGCGGGACUUUCCCCCCUUCCGUCCUGCCAAGGCAUCUAGGACCUUCAACGCUCCUUAUGCUUCAUACCAUCGGUCACCCACCGUACCUCAGCUCCCACUGGCUCGUCAUCCAUAUAGUUACCCUGGUCAAGGUGGCUUUGAUGGCCCAGCUUCUGCAUCAUAUGGUUCAGCUCAUAGCCAGAGUCCCACCGUAUCUCAACAGUAUUACAUGCCUGAAGAAAUGAGUGGAAGACCAAGUGGUUUGCCUCAUGGAUCUUCGAUUAAUUAUGGUGGUGGAUACGAUUAUGCAGCUCCGCUUGCUGCUCCUGCCCAACCAUCAUAUCCUCGCCAACUAUAGUCCAGGUUGUUGUGCUUCAUUUCUUGUUGAGGGAUCACGUACUAAGAUGUUGAAGAAUGAGAUAAAAACACAAGGGAGGAAUUACUUCGCUGUCAUUUUCCUUUUUCUUUGCAACGUGGUUGCCAUCUGUUAGUGUUUGUUUUACCGAGCUUGCCGCAGGUCCGGUUCUGGCCGUGAGUUCGACGAGGAUGGUGGCACUGCCUGCCGGUAGUAAGACCUGUCAGAUUCCCAUGCUUAAAUAGUGGUGCUUUCCUUUUUCGCAAA